CCGUGACCCUGAACAUACGUCCCCGCCCCCUCUAGCAGGCCGUGACGGAUCCCCGGUAUGUCGCUCUCGGCGGGCCGGCCAAUGCUGCGCGUCCUGCGGCUGGGUUUGCUGUCCUACCCCGAGGCUGUGCGGGCCCAGGCCCGGUGCGCCCGUCUAUGCGCGGAGCGGGGGGAGGACCGGCUGCUGCUGUUGGAGCACAGGCCGGUGUACACGGUGGGGAUCCGGCACAACCGGUACUCUGAGGAGGAGGAAGCCAGGCUCCGGGCCCUGGGAGCGGACUUCCAGCGGACGGACCGCGGGGGUCUCAUCACCUUUCAUGGCCCCGGACAGCUGGUGUGUUACCCGGUCCUCAGUCUGCGCCGCCUGCACCGGGGCCUCCGGAGAUACGUGUGCGGCCUGGAGGGGGCGGCCAUAGGCCUGUGCCGGGGACUGGGAGUGACCGGGGAGCGGGCCGAGGAGACCGGAGUGUGGGUGGGAGAGAGGAAGAUCUGCGCCAUAGGCGUCCAUUGUUCUCACCACAUCACCUCCCAUGGGUUAGCCCUGAACUGCAACACCGACCUGACAUGGUUCAACCACAUCGUGCCGUGCGGGAUCCAGGGGAAGGGGGUCACCUCUCUGAGCGCCGAGCUGGGAAGAGACGUCAGCGUGGAAGAGGUCAUCCCGCUAUUCCUACAAGCCUUCCAGGAAGAGUUCAACUGCACUGUACAGCUCUGCGACAGAGGGGAGGAGACCGAGGAGCUACUACACAAUGACUGUGCUCUAUGAAGAGACCGAGGAGCUACUACACAGUGACUGUGCUCUAUGAAGAGACCGAGGAGCUACUA